AUGACACUAUGUGCGAGUGGUUAUAAAAACAAGGUGCUUAUUGAGUUUGGUCUCGAUUUUGAGCCAGAACACGGCUCUGUGACAAUAAAUUCGUUAAACGCAUUGAUGGGACCGUCGGGUGCGGGAAAGACAACACUAUUUAAGUGUCUGAACGGCCAGAAUAGUCUAAGUUUGAGUAUAAAUACCAAGAUUUAUGCCAUUAAUAACCGUAGAGUAAGGUCUGCUUUCGUUAAGUCGGAUGUGUGGGAACACCUAUUGCCGGGACUGACUGUACGACAGACACUGUUAUACGCGUCGAGACUCAAAAACUCAAGCAUUUCUAUUGAAUUAAAUCACAAUAAAAUUGUGACGGAUUUGAUGUCAGAGCUGGCGAUCGGCGAUACGGCAGACAUUAAGGUAGAAACGUGUAGUGGAGGCGAACAGAAACGCAUUAUAAUUGGCUGCGAAUUAACUUCUCAUAUAAAGCCUAAUAUGUUAUGUAUUGACGAACCGACGAGUGGUUUGGAUAGCAAUGCCGCCGAAAUGGUAAUAAACACUUUAAAAGUAUUGACCCGAAAAAAUGGGAUGACAAUCAUUGCGUCCAUACAUCAGCCAAACAACGAUAUAUUCAAUAUGUUUGACAACAUCUAUGUGUUGGCCAACGGAGGGGUUUGUCUGUAUUCAGGAGUUCCCCAACACUUGAGACAACAUCUCACAGACAAUGGCAUUGAAUGCCAUGAAAAUCAAGUGCCGAUUGAAGUGUUGCUAAAAAUUGCAUCAAAAUUAAAUGGUAUAGAAAUGUGUGACACAAUCGACGCCACACUUAAUAAUAACCAUGGCAUAAAUAAUGUGCCAAUAGUAUUGGCCAACCUGCGGCCAGUGUUUGGCUCAUUAAGUACAUCAAAGCGAUUCAGUUUUAACGAUAUUUAUUACCUGAUGUGCCGUUCGCUGACCCAUACAUUCCGGUGCCGGCGGGCGUCUGUAUUAGUACAGAUGGUAACAAUGGUGACGAUCGCCGCAACCAUGCGAUACAUUAUGAGCCCCGAUAUAAUAGUGCCCGACGGGUGCCUUGACAUUGACUUUGGGGCCGACUGUACUCAGAGCGAUGCCGCGCUCCGAGACGAGAUAUUGAUCAAGCACAAUAUUAAAUACAAUAUACUGCUGUUGCUAUCGGUGGCGUUAGUGGUGCUGAUUAUAAUGUCGGCCACUUUUGGUCAGGACUUUUGCCUGUUUCGAAGCGAACAGCAAAAUGGCUGGUAUAGCACCGGUGCUUAUCUAUGGUGCCGUACGAUUGUCGAUACGAUACCAGUGUUACUAUCGUUGCCGCUGUUCUGUUGGAUCGCAAACCUGUACAAUACGUACGCUUACUAUUGGUUAACGUUUGUACUCAAUUUGUUGGUCAUUUGGUGUACGCAAAGCGUGGCCCAGAUUUCGGCCAUACUGUACAUCGACGAGCCCACUCUGGCUCUAGUAUUAGCCCUAAUGGCACAGUCGGUUGUGUUGAUGUUGGGCAACAAUCUGAUCCCGGUCAAAGAGCUUCAUUACACGCUACAGGCGCUCAGCCAACUGUCUUAUAGUCGCCUGUCGUUUGAAUGUAUUAUGAUCAUAAUUUACGGUUUGGGCCGUUGCCCUGGCGACCAGCUAUCCACUGUACUGUACGAACUGGGCAUUGACGAUGGUCAAUUUUGGCCAAAUAUUAUACGUUUGUGCGGUGUUUGCGUUUUGCUCAAGAUAAUCGCAUUUGUUGUCGCGCACCGACACCGAUCGGUUCACCCAAUGGUUCUCAAAGCGUACACUGGGGUAGAGCUGACAGAUGUGGUACUGUUUGGCGUUGUACUCAUCGACGUCCGCGCCGUUCACGUUUAUACUGUGAUAGGCUAUGGAGCCGUAUCGGUUGACGUACACGUGACAGCCGUACUGGUGCCGCGCCCGGCGCCACCAGUAACAUCUGAUGGCCCAAUUGGUGACGUGACCGCCGGCCCGAUCUCGGCGUUGCCCACCGGUUCCAAGUAG